GUCGCAGAAGGGGACGGUCGCCUCCGCCUCUCCCUCAGCGCCUCUCGGGCUGCCGGAACCGCGCGCGGCGGCCGUGGCUGCUGCGGCGGCGGCGGCGGCGGCGCGGCGGCGAGGCAGCCCGGAGCGGAGGGAUGUGGGGCUUUUGGGGAGGCAGGCUCUUCGGCAUCUUCUCCGCUCCUGUCCUGGUGGCCGUGGUCUGUUGCGCCCAGAGUGUGAACGAUCCUGGCAAUAUGUCUUUCGUGAAAGAAACUGUGGACAAAUUGUUGAAAGGCUACGACAUUCGGCUCAGACCGGAUUUCGGAGGCCCCCCAGUAAAUGUUGGAAUGAACAUAGACAUUGCAAGUAUUGACAUGGUUUCUGAAGUCAACAUGGACUACACAUUAACGAUGUAUUUUCAACAAUAUUGGAGGGACAAAAGACUAGCCUAUGCUGGAAUUCCUCUUAACCUUACGCUUGAUAACAGAGUAGCAGAUCAACUAUGGGUGCCUGAUACUUACUUCUUAAAUGACAAGAAGUCAUUUGUGCAUGGCGUCACUGUGAAGAAUCGAAUGAUUCGCCUUCAUCCAGAUGGCACCGUGUUGUACGGCCUCAGGAUCACAACCACUGCAGCUUGCAUGAUGGACUUGAGAAGAUACCCAUUAGAUGAACAGAACUGUACACUGGAAAUAGAAAGUUAUGGCUACACUACAGAUGACAUAGAAUUUUAUUGGAGAGGUGGUGAUAAAGCAGUGACUGGGGUGGAGAAGAUUGAGCUUCCCCAAUUUUCAAUUGUGGAAUACAAACUUGUGUCCAGGAAUGUUGUCUUUGCCACAGGUGCCUAUCCGAGACUGUCACUGAGCUUUAAGUUGAAGAGGAAUAUUGGAUAUUUUAUUCUUCAGACCUAUAUGCCCUCAAUACUGAUUACCAUUUUAUCAUGGGUUUCAUUCUGGAUCAAUUAUGAUGCAUCUGCAGCAAGAGUUGCCCUCGGUAUUACCACCGUGCUCACUAUGACAACUAUCAACACUCAUCUCAGAGAGACUUUGCCUAAGAUCCCCUAUGUCAAAGCCAUUGACAUGUAUCUUAUGGGCUGCUUUGUAUUUGUCUUCUUGGCCUUACUUGAAUAUGCCUUUGUCAACUACAUCUUUUUUGGAAAAGGCCCACAAAGACAGAAGAAGCUUGCCGAAAAGACAGCCAAAGCAAACAAUGAUCGUUCUAAGUUUGAAAGUAACCGGGUGGACAUGCACGGGAACAUUUUGCUAACAUCUCUUGAAAUUCACAAUGAAGUUGCAAGCAAUGAGGUCACCACAAGUGUCACUGAUCCUCAGAAUUCAACAAUGACCUUUGACAACUCAGGUAUCCAGUAUAGAAAACAGAGCUUACAUAGAGAAAAUCUGGGAAGGCGUACAUUCGACAGAACUGGCACCCAUGCAAAGAAGGGUCAUUUACGAAGGAGAUCUUCACAGCUAAAGAUAAAAAUACCUGACCUAACUGAUGUGAAUGCCAUAGACAGGUGGUCAAGGAUGGUGUUUCCUUUCACAUUUUCUCUUUUCAACUUAAUCUAUUGGCUAUAUUAUGUCAACUAAAUUGACUCUACUUUUUUAAAAGAGACUUCAACAAGUGAAAUACUAUUCUGCCUGUUAUUUUAUACAUGUACAUAGGAACUUUUACACUAUAAUAUAUAUAAUAUAUAUAAACCCUGUUUAUGUGUGUAUAUAUAUUGUGAAAGAAUAUGUAUUAUACCCAUUGUGCAUACACAUAUACACUAUUUAUAUAUAAAUAUAUACGUACAUGCACACACGCUCCUCCCCACCCUGCUCUAUAGGAAGCCAAUGGAUAUUUUAAAAUAGAAUGCACAUUUUUUUAAAACACAAAAAGGAGAGACUGGUGUCUUGGAAAUAUUAGGCCAUGAGAAAACGAAGUGUUGUAUAAGACCACUAGAACCUUUUUUCAGUUAUGCGUGAUUCUCUGUGACGCUAUAAUUUUACAAUAUCAUUGAUAAAGCUGUCAUUUACACUACUUUAUAACUGGUAAAAUUGCACUGGUAAGUUUUUAAAAGAAAUUUCUAUUUAAUGUCAUCAGCUUUAAAAUCACUGCACCUCAUUAACGUUAUUUGCUAAUGGUUUUUGUUUUGUUUACUAUAGUGUGCUAGAUAAUUUUUCCUAUCAUGAAUGAACUUUCAGGGAUCACUUGUUUUCUCUUCUGUAGUCAGGUAAAUAUUGACCAAGAGGUGAUUUCUUUUAGUGUUCUCUGGAUUUCGAGAAUACCCACCAUUAGAAUCUUGUUCAUCAAUGAAAAGAACAUCUUUUUUUGUGCAAGCAUUUCCUAAUAUUUUCAUCUGGGCUUUUUCCACUUAACAUGCUGUUUUGGUGAGUAACACCCCACAGAAAAUGCUGCAGUGAUAUUGUUUGAAAUUCAAAGUCCAUGAAAAUUUUCACCAUAUUUUCUUACACGGGGUUAUUAAAUUCAUUCUGACAUGAGGCUGUCAUAAUCUGGGAAAUUCUAUCUGUGGAAGACUUUAGAGCAUUCGUUUCCUUCUGUAUUGGUGCACUCGCUGCUUCUCUUUCCCUUCUUCUUCAAAAUAGGCCUGGAACCCUACAUAUUUCAGUAGAUACUAGAAGGGAAUGGGCAGGCAGACCAAGAUCAGUUCUGGAGAAGAGGGUAUAAGUUCUGUUGAACUUCUGUUUGCCCUGGAGCCAUACAGAUAACCCAACUGUUGACCAAGAGAGGAUGUGAUAAUCCUAGUUUGAUAUUUGUUACUGAUCACUGAUGUCAUUCCAGUGACAUCCUAGAAGACACCCUGGGUUGGUUGCUUUAACAGAAGUCCAUCUAGCCGUACUUUUUCCAAGGGAGAAAAACAUGCAUUCACAUUACCAAACAUUAAUGUAAGAUAUAUUUGCAUAAUAUGCAUAUAUAUGUAUAGAUGAAUAUUUUAUCCAAAUUUUUUUUCUUGUGCUUGCUACUGUGACCGCAUGCUAUAUCACGCUUUUGUUUCUAUGAUGUUACAGCUUUUUCUUCUAUAGAAUUAAGCCAAUAGAGCAUUUCUUAUGUAUAAAUUCAAUAAGAACAUUUUCAUAUAUAUUUUGUACGUAUGUUAAAUACAUUAAAAUUGCUAGUAGAGCAGAUGUGCCACAUUCACGAACCAUAAAUAAUAGAGAACAAUGUCUUGUUUCAGCAUUAAAUGCACUCCGUCAUUUUCCUUCUGCAAAAUGUUGCCACUUUUGUUUUCCUUCUGAUUCACAUCUUCAUCUUUUCUAAACUUCUUCUGACUGGAAGAUUCUGGUAGUUGGAAUGCAUAGAUUUCUGUAUCUUAACAGCAUAUAUUGUUUUAACUGUAUUAUACCUUUCUAAGAAUGUUAAAAACGUUGUUUGUAUCCGUAAAUAGGAGUUACUGCAACAAGAUGAAGAAGCUAAGAGUUGAUUUGGAAAACUAAUCUGGAGUUGAGAACAUGAAGUUGUGGGUUCAUUAAUAAUAUUACCCAUCCAUUUCAUUAUCCCAUUGAAGUAGAGAUGGCUAGGCUGCACCUAUUGUUUAUCAUUAAGAAUAUGGAGAAGGAAAAGCAAGUUUUGUAAGCCUGCCAUUCUUGAUUGUAGGGAAAGAAUGCACUUUGUGCACCACUCCCAUGCACAAUUGUAUACUACAAGCAGGGGGUCCUGUGAAGAUUUGCAAAGAAGGGGAAAUGCAUUCUCCCCAUGGGCCCCAUUUCCUGUUGUACACUUUCUUCUCCCUCCUGUCCCAUCUCCCUGUUGACCAUCUCCCAACUAUAUUGUCCCGCCUAUUAGGGUGGUUUAGGAUUGAAAGACUCCCAUGCCUUCACCCCCUCCUCUUCUCUUUGCAAUCCUUGUGCCUUCUCCUCAUUUCUCCUGCUGGACUCAUGUCUUCUUGCCUUUCCCAUCCUCUGUUCCCAGCCUCCUUAGUGCCUGAUAAAGCUCUGUAAUGAGUGGGGCUUGAUUGGGCGCUGUAGGCUGCUAUAGAAAACUUGGUUAGAUGGGUUUAAGCCUUCUCUCCCAUUCCACUCUGAGGUUUUUUCAGGUUUGUGAAACAUACAGAUUUUUGCAACCACAUAUUGGUGCGAAGUUCAAAGUCUUCCAGCCUAAGGAGCAUUUCUCCUGCUUAAAUUGCUGUUCUCUUGUAGGAAGAGCCAUUCAAGUUGUAGAAAGGCUGCUUGGAGAAUGGUUGGUUCCACCCCACUGUGGCUUAGGAGAAACUGUUUUGUAAUUUUGGGUUUUAUUUUCAUUUACAUUGAAAAUCUUCUUUUUCAUCAACUUUCAUGAUUAAUUAACCUUGAAUGAAACCUGAUAUUUCAAAAAAAUUUGCCUAAUGAUUUUGGGGGAAAGAUUUAAGUUCAUCAAAAGGAUGAGUUUUGAUGUGAAAUCUGAUCCAUAUGAGAAUUAAGUGCCACCUCACUUUCUUCUACUUCUUUCAUCUACUUCUGAAAACAAUACAGGUAUGCCGACAAUCUGUAGCACCUUGCCAAUGUCCAUGAGUUUUUGAGAACAAUAUAUAUAAACUAAGGGAAUUCCAAAACUGUUUUCUCUUUAAUUUGUGUGUGUGCCUUACCAAAACGGCCACUGAACAAUGUUUCUUUACUCUGAAAUAUCAGAAUUCUGGUUUGAAAUAUGAAUCAAAAUUUCAGCACUAUCCUAGUAUAUAUUUUCCCCUUUAGGAUGUGGAAGUUGGUGCAUAGUAUGAGAGGGAAGGAACUCUGAUCUUUUUAAAUCUGCUGUCUAUAAUUUAAUAUAAAUUUUUGUAGAAUGUUUUAACCAAUUUCUCAGGAAGAGAUCAAAGAAACUUGCAAGCAUUCUCAGAGAAAUACCAACAAUGUUUAAAUAUCUCAGCCUGCAACACUGAUUCAAACAGUAUAAUCCAUACAAUGGCACUAUUCAUCUGUAUCAUUCUAUCCAACACUAAUUAUGCUGUGUCAAAAUAUAUCCCAUAUUUAAUUUCAUAUCUGUCUGCCUAGUACUGAACCUCAGUCUUAUUGAAAAUGAUACCAUCAAGCAAGUUUAUGUACAGCUUCACAUACAAAGCAUAAUGUACAUUUGAAAAACCGCAUACAGGAAAACAUUUCAGUAAUGUUGAAGAAAGAAUAAAGACUUUUUGAUAAUACAGGUGAAUGACUUAGGGGGAAGACUGCCUCACUUUAGCUUCAUGCUAAUCACAUGAACUAUGAGCAUGUGUAUUUUGGGAAUAGGCCUCAGUGCUGUGAUAAAAACUAUGCACCAUUGCUGCAUAGUUAUAAAAUAGAUAUAAAAUUAUGAAUUGAUAUUGUUGGGAAAAACAAGCUGAUCAAUAUUGGACAGAAUUCAUUCCCUAGCAAGGGGUCGCCAUUAUGUGUGUGGAGGGAUCAGACGAGGAUUCAAUUGAACUCGACUUCUUUGUCCCCUCCCUAGCUGUCCCACGAGUACCUCAGAAAAGCAGUCAUUACUUGCAACAGCAAGGUUGUAUCCAUCUCCCACAUUGGUAUCUGAUGCCCUCAUUUUUUAAAAUGUGAAUCAGCUGCUUAAUGAAAGUAGCUUAAAACAGAGGCUAUUGAUUGAAUCAAAGACAAGAGUCCAGUCUGCAAAAACUGCAAAUUAGAAGUGGGAGCAUUCUUUUCAGCAAGAGUAGCUAAAACAGCUACUUAUUUGGGGUCUUCACCCAUCUAAAUCCUGACUUAUUGAAUUUAGCAUAUUCCGUAGAUCUGUCCACCAGGUAACAAGUAUAAAUUUUAGAUACUGAUAUAGUAAUACUUUUAUUAAUCAGUGUACUCACCUAUCUUUUUAUGAGAUCAAGAUUGUAAUAAUCCUCUAGAAAACCCUCUAGAAUACUCUCAGAGCUUUUAUGCUCUGUGCACAUUCCCUUCAGAUUUGAUUCUCAAUUACACAAACAUUUCCCCCUCUUCAACAGUCACUCCGCCUUCAGAUCAGAAGAUCCCCAUGGUUUCAAAAGUUGUGAAAGUGCAACUUUUCUUCUCCCUUUGCAGAGAAAGUGAAGGAGAUCAGUGUAGGUUUUCAGGUUUUCUCCCCAGCUCCCUGCCCGAAAGGGUGAACUGACUAAAAAAGUGUGCUGGCAGGCUGCCUGUGCCAUUAAGAAUAUGUAGAUGCCACAGAGGCCUGAGAGGAAUCACACUGGGGGGGGGGGCAUGGAAUGAAGUGAGAGGAGCAGAGUUGUCUGGUGGUCACUCUUGGUUUGCACAAGUUUCUGACAGGACCAGCCUGUCUAAAUGGUUCCUGCAUGGUGGAGAGAAAACCUGAUCAGCUAAAAGUGAGCUGGGUGACUGGAAGUCGAUGGAAGAACAAGACGUCUGCACCCCACAGACUGGAAUGCUGGAGGGGGAGCAGUAUUAGAGAGGAAGCGAUUAAAAAAAGAGGAGGGGAAGAGAACCCAACACCUCCAGCAUGAGAAGGGAUUCUUUUCACUCCCCUGCCAAAAAAAGAGAGAAGAAAGUGUGCUGGAAAUGCUCUCUGGGGCACAGGAGCUGGGCAGGCAGGAAAGUUUUGCAGCAUCUACCACAACUCCUCCUUCCCUUGCCGCUUUUGAAGGAUCAGAAGGGCUUUUAAUUUUUAUACUGUCUCUCUAGUGAUAGACUCUCUAGUGAUAAAGAAAUUCACACACACAGUCUAGCAAACUGACACUAGACUUAAGACUGGAAAGAAAAGAGAGAAAGAGAGAGAAGGAAGGAAGGAAGGAAGGAAGGAAG